AUGUGAAGAACAGACAUGUUGCAGCAAUUUUGGGUCGUAGAUCUGAGUCCUAGCGUCAUGUCAUAGAGUUAAACAGUCACGGUCGACGAUCGCUGUAAAGAGAAUUACGAUGAUUAUUUCCGUCGUUUACACAAAAUCUAAAAGACGUGGCGUCACUACGUCCACUAGAAAACGUGUAGCGGAUAAUAUUUACAAGUUAUGGCCGUUUGAAACCGAAAUAAGCAGCUAUAGUCCUACACAAACCGAGCUAAACGCCUUAACGAGGCGGUGCGCGCUCCCGCGUGCGGAAAUCAAUUUCUGGCAGAUAGUCACUUUUUGGCACCUGUCCCAUCACUAAAACCCGUUUUUUGAACACCGUUACCGUAAACAUCGUAUGAAUAGCGCACUUUCAACUAGCGAUCGGCGGCUCACGUUACUGCGGUGCGUGACUGACAGACUCAAGUGGCGGUCGUAUACAACUCGAAGACCUAGUGCAGAAAAUAAUUUUCAUUUUCACAUUCCGACAGGCUUGAACUAAUAAAUCCCCAUUUCGUACUCCAGCAACUGACACAAUUUAAAGUGGAACCACAUAGCUGUUGUGGAGCGGACAGAGUUUAUCAACUGUCUGGUACUUAGUGCAUUACGCUCCCGAAACCGAGGUUGUAGUUUCGCCACUUAACCUUAACGUUAAAAGCUGGGUUCGUCAUAAAUUUUACCCAAACGUCCAGGUUCCAGAUGAUCUGAGUGACUGAGUCGUAGCUUUUAUUAACGUCAUUAUUAAUUUUGUUACUGCACCAAAUUAAAUUCCGGUAACUAGAAUGUUGUUAUUUUCACUGUGACGGCUGAUACUGACGCUGACCUGCUCAGUGAUCAGGUAAUAGGUUUCUAAAUACUGAAGUACAGCUUGUUAUCGCCCUCUGCUGAUUAGAUUACAAAACUACACCUUGACUGUGUCGGCCGGUGAACCAGUGAAAGGUUAUCGUGCUCCGCUGUUUGAAAUAAAUAACUACACCUUGAAGAACGUGUCCAUGUGACAAAUGAGUCAAACUAUGAACUCACUGCUGAAUUAUGAGAAACUCACUAUGAAGCUUUUAUUCAUUUUGCAUUUUACUCUUUAUAUUUGCUACUUGAAGUCAUUAUGAGCAAUGAUACAAAUCAGUGUAACAAGUUAAAAUGAUUGAAAUCGGGAUUUUACACUUUUAUAAACUUUGUUUUAAAUUGAUAAAUCUUUACUUUUUGCAUAUAUUUUUUUUUUAAUUCUUGUCACAUAUGUUAAGACCAGAAAUCUGUGUUGUAGUUGUCCUGCUUUUCCUUAUUCUUUCAUUGUUUAGUUAAAACUGUGUGACCAUCUCUACAAGGGCCGAUGGAGGGGACCACAGCUUUUUUCCCCUUUUCCCCUAAAUCUCAGCAUGACGCCGUCUGCCAGACGCAGCCAGUGAAGGUGGUAGAAGGUGAUGAUGUAACUCUACGCUGUCGUCUGCGUCCGUCCUUCGAUGUGACUGGUUACACGGUGGAUUGGACCAGAGUGGAGCUCCACCAGGUGGUCCAUCUGUACAGACACAGGAAGGAUGACACCGGUCCACAGAUGGAGCAGUACAGAACCCGGACCGAGCUCAGCCAUCAGAACCUGAGCAGAGGAGUCCUGGACCUGCACAUUUCCUCACUUCACCUGUCUGACGCUGGAGAGUACAGAUGCCAUGUCCCAAGACUGUCAGCGAGCUGCACCCAGACCGUCACUGUGGGGAAACGAGAUGAAGACGGUACCAGCACCACCAAAGCUCCACCAAUAAAAACCACCGAGCCUCACACCCCUGGUGUGUCGGCCGGUGAACCAGUGCAGGUCCCUGUCGUCAUCUGUGUCUCCAUCGCUGCUGCCGUCGUCCUGACGCUGGUAACGUGUGGAUCAGUCCGUCACUGCUCAAGGAGAAUCAGAAGAAGAGAAGAGAUGCUGAACGCAAACCACGAAGUGGUGGUUUUAUCACUUAAUCCAUAGAUUUUAUUAAACCAACAGGAUCACACGUGUUACACAGUGAGGAUAAGUGGGCUCUACUGGGAACAAGGUGACGGCAACAGUCUUUAGCAGUUAUCAGUUAGUUCCAUGGCUUGUUAUGAAUUUUAUCCAAACGUCCAGGUUCCAGAUGAUGUGAGUGACUGAGUCGUAGCUCUUAUUAAUGUCAUUAUUAAUGUUGUUACUGCAUCAAAUUUAAUUCCAGUAAAUGUGUUAUUACUGUGAAGGCAGAACUGACGCUGACCUGCUCAGUGAUCAGGUAAUAGGCCUCUAAUACUGAAGUACAGCUUCAGUAUUAUUGUCGCCCUCUGCUGGUGAGAAUAAAUAACUGCACCUUGAAGAACGUGUGUGAUGUGUUGAACUGUGUUCAAUCCUCAGUGAUUCUUUGUCGUUAUUUUUUUUCUCUUUAGCAUCUGAUGCUGUUUAGGUUCAUUGCUAAGCUGUCAUUGAGUUGUUUUCUCUGUUUGUUUACCACUGAAUCCUUUAGCAGCUUUAUUACUUAGUAAUAAUUUACUCUGCUGAGUAAUAUUAUCACAAAGGAAACUACUGCACUCAUCACUGCAGAGCAGGAACAGUGAUCAGAGAGAACUGCUUUAACUGGGUUGAGUCAGAGUCAAACUAUGAACUCACUGCUGAAUUACAACAAACUGACUCUGAAGGUUUUAUUCACUCUGCAUUUUACUUACUAUUUUUUAUUGAAGUCCUUAUGAACAACGAUACAAAUCUAUAACAAGUUAUGAUGUUUGUAAAUCAGGGUAUUUACCCUCGUAUAAACUUUGUUUUAACUUAAUAAAUCUUUCCAUUUUGCA